AUGGAAUCUCCCUCUCCUUCUAGUCUCAGACUGCUCACAAGCAAGAUUGUGACUGCUGACCCCAGUUCUGGAGUGUUGAACACGUUGGAGAACAAGACUAUUCACGUGUCUGCCUCGACAGGAAGAAUACUAUCCAUCGAAGAUAGCUCAGAGGAUGAUUUGCACUUCUCUGACGCUAUCGACUUGCGAGGCAAGACCGUGCUGCCAGGGUUUAUCGACACCCAUGUCCACUUCUUUCUUCACCCUUACAAGGAAGCAUCGUGGGACGAGCAGGUUACUCAGGAGAGCACGGUCGAGAGAACUGUUCGUGCGGUAGUGCACGCGAAGAACACCUUAUUGGCAGGAUAUACGAGCGUCAGAGACCUUGGAACUGAAGGGGCUGAAGAUGCAGACGUCUCAUUGCGGAAAUGUAUUUCUGAACCAUCAAGGUUGAUACCAGGACCAAGGUACUUCUGUGCAUCUCGAGCAAUUGUCGCGACUGGAAGCUAUGGCAUCUCCACAGGCCCAAAGAACAUUCAGAGACCGUAUGUGACGGAAGUGGAUGGUAAAUCAGGUGCAGACCCAGCUAGCGGUGUAGCCCAGUGUGUUGAAGUAGUUAGAAGGCAUAUUGGUGCAGGAGCUGACUGGAUAAAGAUCUACGCUGAUUACCCCGCCCGGGCUCUUUCGAUGGCAUCCCCAAGGAUUGCCAGUCGGUCGGUGCCUCUCUUCUCCAAGGAAGAGGUCACCGCAAUGGUUGAAGCGGCUCAUCGUCUCCAAGUCAAAGUGGCAGCUCAUUGUAUCAAUCCGUCGACCAUCAAAAUGCUCGUCGAAGCAGGAGUCGACACCCUUGAGCAUGGGGCGGCAAUGGACGAUGAUGCCCUAGAGUCGCUCGUCGACAGUCAUGUAGUUUGGAAUCCAACAUUUGCCGCAUAUUACUCGUACCGAUAUCCUGGGUCGCGUGCAUGGGACUCACUGCACAAAGUCUUCCUCCAUGCCGUCAACAAGGGGGUCUUCCCCCAUGGUGAUAAUGCCUUGGAAAUGAAACUGAUGCAUAGACUCGGCAUGACCUGGGACGAGGUUAUACGUGCUGCCACUUGGGUCGCUUGGCGUUCAAUACGACCCAUGUACUGGGAUAGCAAAGAGGGCCAGGACGAACUCGAACACUACCGCACCAGCCGCUGGCACGAUCAGCGCCUCGGGGACAACGAAGUGGCCGUCGGAUGUCUAUUUCCGGGCUUUGCGGCAGACAUUAUUGCUACUGAUGGAGACUUGGUCAACGACUUUGCGACAGCCGUAUCGCCCGAGUCCAUCUCGUUUGUGAUGAAGGCCGGGGUUGUCUACAAGCGUAACAAGGUUGUAUAUGGCUCAACAAACGUCUCCUGCGACGCCGAACAUCAAUUCCUCAAUAACACGUUGGGACAGAAUCCAUGUCUUAUAUACGCGUACAUGGUGGGAAGUUGUGCGAGCGUUUACGUCGAAGUACAAGCCCUCAAUCAAUCUUCAACAUACCCAGCACCUGCGGGCGACUCUAGUUUAGGCAUUCAAUCCGCGUCGCAGUGUACCUGCGGUCGUGUGCCGUACAACCUUAUCAGUGCUUGCUCGACCUGCCAAGGGAAGAGUGUACUACCGUGGUCUUCCUAUGAUACUUAUUGUGAGAAUUACGAUGGAAAGUACAACUUCUCCUCGCAUGUUCCAGAUGGCACGGCUUUACCCGUAUGGGCGACCAGACAGACGAACGCAACAUCAUUUGCGUGGAACAUAGCACUUGGAGACAAAGGGGCCGGCGAGUUCAGCGCCACAAACUCGAGUGGCGUGGCUUCGUCGCUCACCGGUACAGCAACUUCUCGUCCAACCGACGAACCAUAUUCGCCGGGUGGCGAGCCGGCUGCUACGGUUGACACUGCAGCCGUGGGCCUCGCAGCUACAGGACUCGUUUUAGGUCUUGUUCUCAUUGCCGCGUUUGUCUAUUUCUGGCGCCGUAUGAAGGCUGCGACGCUUUCGACAUUCCAGAAUGACAAAGGCUCAAAGGAUACCAUCCCAGCCAGCACUAUUGCACAUUCAGCCCUCUUUAGCUGUGUCGCGACGUUGGCGAUCAUAAAUGCCAGUCUUACGACAUGGACAUCUGUCGCAUUAGUCGCCUCUCACGAGCUCGGUCUCGACGCGCUACGUAGUCUGCUUAAUUUCCUCGUAUUUACGUCUUGGUGGACACUACUCGGGUCCUCCUUCUUCCUCAUCGCGUUUCUCUACGACAGAAGUAACCGAGCGGAGGAUGGUACCUUUACUGCGACACGUUUCGGGUCGCUUCAUUCACAUCUUAUCUGGCUCCUUGUGACCUGUGCUCUUUGGUUGCUUGGUGCUUCUCUUUUCGCGGCAAGUGUCGCGCAGCGCGAAGAAUGCCCAGUCCAUUGUACCCAGCUGAGAGCCAUCCCCGUGUUCGGGUUCCUCGAACUUACGGCGACAUCUCUUGCGCUUGCUGUCGUGGUCUACUCUUACUGGACGCUCCGUAAACGUUCAAAGCCACCCAAAAGGCUUGGCCGACAACCGUCACAGACACGGAAGGCACGUCGGUAG